AUGUUUGUUGUGGUUACGCUUCUCGUUGUGUAUAUUUCAUAUUUAUUGUUAAAGUACCAUCAAAAACGUCAGGAAGUGCUCAAAAUUUUGCCCCACUUCAAUGGUCCGCAUCCGGAGUAUUUCCUUGGCUGCGCUUACGUGUUUAAGGACAAAUCCAUCCCGGAAUUAUUCGACGCUAUUGUUGAUUGCCAUCGUCAGUAUGGCAAGGACAUUUGCCUCGUUGGAGCGUUCAAUGAUAUGGAACUGGACAUCUCCUCUUCGCACAACGUAGAGAAGCUGUUGCUAUCGAAGACAACGAAGAAAUCGUACCAGUAUGACUUUAUCGAGCCCUGGCUCGGCACCGGCUUGCUGCUGUCGUUCGGUGAAAAGUGGUUCCAGCGUCGAAAGAUCAUCACACCAUCGUUUCAUUUUAAAAUUCUCGAUCAAUUUAUGGACGUGUUCAAUAAGGAGGCGGACAUACUCAUCACUAAGCUGGAACGGCACGUGAAUCAGAAAGAGUUCGAUAUCUACGAUUACAUCACACUCUACGCACUGGAUAGCAUUUGUGCAACAUCGAUGGGAGUUCACAUCAAUGCACAGGAAGAUCCCAACAAUGAUUACGCGAAGGGCGUAAAGACGGUGUCCGAGUAUGUUUUUCGACGCAUCUUUAGCGUACUGCGACAGUUCCCGGCUCUGUUUGUACUGUACUCUUACGCCAGGGAUCAGGGAAGAGUCAUUAAGCGCUUGCAUGACUUUACCAACUCCGUAAUUGAAACACGAAGGAAGCAACUUAGUCAGGAAAACAAAGCCCUGCAGGAAGAUGAUUACACAAAGCACCGCGAUACUUUCCUCGAUCAGCUGCUGAAGGUUAAGAUCGAUGGGAAACCGCUCAGUACGGCCGAUAUUCGCGAGGAGGUGGAUACGUUCAUGUUCGAAGGGCACGAUACGACGACGUCGGGUAUUUCGUUCACAGUUCUAGAGCUAGCCAAACAUCAGGACAUUCAACAGAAGCUGUACGAAGAGAUCGAUACAGUGCUGGGAAAGGAUGCGGGUUCGGUCUUUCUUACCAACUCUUUGCUCCAGGAGCUGAAGUAUCUUGACAUGGUCAUUAAGGAAUCAUUACGCCUGGUACCUCCGGUUCCGUUCAUUGGACGCAAACUUCUCGAAGACAUGGAAAUGAAUGGCACCGUACUUCCCGCAGGAACAACCGUCUCGCUCAACAUCUUUUGCCUGCACCGCAAUCCCAAAGUGUUUCCCGAUCCGGAAAAGUUCAUCCCGGAGCGCUUUUCGGACGAAAAUGAAAUCAAGCGUGGACCGUAUGAUUACAUUCCUUUCAGUGCUGGCUCACGGAACUGUAUCGGUCAGAAGUAUGCGCUGCUAGAGAUGAAAGUUACCAUCGUAAAGCUGCUCGCCAGUUACCGGAUCCUGCCCGGUGAGUCCAUCGAUCAAGUGCGCUUUAAGGCCGAUCUUGUCAUCCGUUCCACCGGUGGCAUUCCAGUGAAGCUCGUCAAAAGAAGUUAG